AUGGGGAAGGCAAAGAAGACGCGCAAAUUUGCCGCAGUUAAACGGACAAUCAGUCCAAAGGAUCAAAGGCUGCAAAAAAAAGAGGCGAAGAAGCAAGAGAAGCGAAGGGAAAGAGAAACUGCUUUAAAGGAACACGUACAGCAUAACCCUUCCCAAUUCUUCAGUUAUAACACAAACCUGGUGCCUCCCUACCAGGUGCUUGUGGACACUAACUUCAUCAACGGAGCCAUCCAGACCAAACAAGACGUUUUACAGGGUCUCAUUACUUGCCUCGUAGCAAAGUGCGAUGUAUGUGUGACGGACUGUGUAGUAGCUGAGCUGGAAAAGCUUGGCCACAGGUACCGUUUAGCCCUCCAUCUGGCAAAGGAUCCGCGUAUUAAAAGACUUAAGUGCUUGCACGCCGGUACUUACGCUGAUGACUGCAUCGUGCAGAGAGUUACGGAGCAUAAGUGUUAUUUGGUGGCAACAAAUGAUAAAGAUUUGAAGCGCCGCAUUCGGAAAAUUCCAGGAGUGCCCAUUGUAUACCUGAAGGGACGGAGGUUCGCCGUAGAACGCCUACCUGAAGCGAUCACUGCGCUGCCGGCUUCCAAGUCGGCGAUUUCGAAGAUAUGA